AUGGGGACCAGCAGGGUAGUCAUCCUGAUUCUGACUGGAUGGCUGUCUUACCCUCUGUGCCAAUCACAGCUUGUUAGAUGUCCAGAUGGUUGUCUCUGCACUACAGUUCCGAACAGCGCUACAGCCCUGGUGACUAACAGUUUUCUUCGUCUCCAAGUCUCGUGUGGCACGAAUAAUCCGAACCCGUCUAUCCCAACCCUAAACGUCAAAACAGACUACCUGAGGGAGUUCGAGUUUACAGGGAGCGACCUACAGAAAAUGCCGCCAAAUUUGUGCACCUACAAUUACAUCCAGUAUCUUGAUCUCAGCAACAACAACAUGUCGUACUCAUCGACAGAAGUGUUCGGUUGUCUUCCCUAUCUGGUUCGCCUCCAGAUGUCGCAUAAUGCCUUCACAGAGCUUCACGGGGGAAUUUUCGAUGGACUGGCUGUCAUGACAACCGUAGAUUUUUCAUCCAAUCAGAUUGAGUACAUCCAUCCGUUUGCGUUCCACGUGGGGCUUUCCCAGCUCGAGACCGUCGACCUUAGCAACAACAGACUGACGUCGUUCGAGCCCUGGCCAUUUCUUCUGCCUAAUCUUAUCGUUUUUGAUCUCACACGAAACGAAAUCGACCAUUUCAGCAACAACAUGAGUUGGACAGUUCAACAGUCCCCUUCUUCGAUUGCAGCAUACAUUGGUCUCCAGAGUAAUCAAUUUUCCACCCUGUCACUUUCUGACUUUGCGAUCUUUGGAUUUUCCAGUAUUGCUGAACUUUGGUACAUGAGGCCCGUUUUUGGCUAUUUCGACCUCAGAAACAACCCGUUUGUCUGCGACUGUCACAUCUACCAGUUUGUCUACUAUAUGUCUCACAUAUCCAAGACCUACCCUCUCAAGACAAGUUUUGAUUAUCAGUACUAUGACGUUACAUGUAAAUCUCCGCCCCGUCUGCAGGGAAGCGUCAUGCUUGACCUUAACUACACGGAAUUCAUUUGCACUGACGUUACGUUGUGUCCUCCUGGUUGUCAGUGUACGUUCACGCCGCACACGGACGUCAGUGACGUCGACUGCCGAUCAGCGCGUCUCAAAGAAAUGCCUAGAGAUCUUCCACAAGGGAAACUCAUACUCCAUUUUCAAGACAAUGACAUUCUCGGGCUGUCACAUCGGAACUACUUGUCUAGAAUUACUCACCUUUCUCUCAGCAAUAAUAAACUGGGACACAUCGAAGAGGCGGCUAUACGUGAUCUUGCCAAUAUUAAAGCUCUUCACCUGAACAACAACAACUUGACGACCGUGCCAAGAGUCCUGAAAGAUGUCAUUGGGCCCUCGGACUUAAGUCUGGGCGGAAAUGCGAUUGUUUGUGACUGCACGACAACGUGGCUUGCUGACUGGCUUCGAGAUUCCUCCUUUGCUGGAAUGGACAAGGAACUCUGCUCGAACUCCAGUGGUGUGUUUUUCUUGGACAUUAGCGACCAAAGCCUCGGCUGCAAUCCCGAAAGUAGUCCUCUGACCCUGUAUAUUACAAUCGCCGUGAUGUGCGCUGCCAUCCUUCUCUUCGUUAUCUUGCUGAUCGUUCUGCGCAAGUACGUAAAACUCUUCUGUUUCCGGUAUCUCAGCCUACAUCCCUUUGACAGGAUGGAAGACGAACGUCCCUCCGAAAGCAGGGAAAAGGAUAUCUAUCUCUCUGUUUACUCUCAAAGAGACGACGUACGGCAAUGGGUUAAAGGGGAGCUCACGAAGCGUUUGGAGACACAUGCUUUGGACUUUAAGGUUUUCCUGCCGAAUCGGGAUGGAGGCAAGGCCACUUCCCGAGAGGUCAUUGCCGACCGUUUACGAGACAGCAAGCGGCACCUGUUCGUGUUUACCUCGGAUUUCGCUCAGGCCGACUGGCCUAUGUUUGAGCUGAGAGAAGCGUGCCUUCAGGAGGAGGUCGGAGAGGGGAAGAGGAUGGUCAUCAUUCUAUACGACGAGGAUGCUUUGGAUCACCUUGACGACGAUACGAAAAAGCUCGUCAACCAUCAAGUGAUACUACGGCCUUCCAACCGGUGGUUCUGGGUGGAGCUGUUCUACUGGAUGCCCGUGAAACACCUUGGGCCGUUAUGCUGUAGGUGCUCGUGUAGAUGCUGCCGAAAACCGCCACCGCAGACAACCGUCGGGCAGUCAAAACUGAAACUGUCGCUUCAUGGACCAGACAUAGAUCGGUCCAGUAUGGCAACACCGGUGCACAGAUUCAACGUGGACGAAGACCUAGCCUGGCAAGAUCACGAGGAAUCAGACUUUUCAGCUAACCGAGACAUACGUCGAGCAAAAUAUCCCCGGUUAUCCCCCCUGCCCUUAACGUCUUCAGCGUCACAAGAAGCCAUAAGGAGUGACCUGGAUGUGAUCCAUGAGGGAAGCGUGCCGCCGUCUUCAGGCAAUCUUUGA